UUACUAUAAGCCGUCUCCAAUGUCAUUUUAGAGAAUUUGGCAGUACGUCCAACCGGCCUCACAACUGCAGACCAUGUGUAACCAUGCCAGCCCAGGACCUCCACACCUGGGAUCGUCUGACCAACUUUGCCGCAAGGAUCUGCACACAAUUCUUGGAAGCUGAAAAUGGCACAGUUCUUCCCUGGCCUGCAUACUCACCAGACAUGUCACCCAUUGAGCAUACUCUGGAUUGACAUGUACGACAGCGUGUUCCAGUUCCCGGCCAAUAUCCAUCAACUCCGCGCAGCCAUUGAAGAGGAGUGGGACAACAGGCCACAAUCCACAGCCUGAUCAACUCAAUGCGAAGGAGAUGUGUCGAGGUAGAGGUAUCUAAAAACAACUGGAGCCUUGCCACCACCUAUUGCUUGAAGUGUGCAUUUUGAAUGAUUUGUUUUCAACCCAGGUCUGUCUCAGCACUGAGGGGAAUGCCUCCACCAGAGGGUUCUGGUCCUAACCCUAACCACUGGGCCCUCUCAGAGUUACUGGGCCAGAGGAGGCUUGUGGUGUUGGGGGUGCUAGUAGCAUGGAUGGUCCUCUUCCACCUUCUGGUGAACGUGUGGCUCCUCUGUCUCUUCACCAGCCUGCUGGUGGUCCUGGGUGGCUGGCUGGGGUCCCGUGCUGCCCUGGAUGCCAACAGCCUGCUACACCUGGAGCACUUCGUCCCCCUGGGUAGAUCACAGCCGGCCCUCCACUCGCCUGAGAGCGAAUGGAGGCUGGACCACGAGAUCCAAAGCGCUGUGCAUAAAGCCAUCCGAGACUUUGUGUCGUCCUGGUACCACACCAUGCUGACCGAGGAGGAGGGGCUGGGGGAGUUUGAGCACAUUAUGCGGGACGCCAUGUUGGAUUCAGUGAUGGAGCUGAAGGAGAGGGCUCGGUGCGUGGACAGGAGAGCGCUGGUCCAGAGGACCUUGGAGCUGUGUGGCUGCCACCUGCAGAGCUACAUGACAGCCAGGGAGAUGAUGAAGCAGGCAGAGGCACGGCUGGGGAUGCAGGACAGAGACAGCUCCAGCACCCCCAGCCUGUGGGAGCUCUAUAGCCAGGCAGAUGCCCCCCACCCAGCCCUGGCUAGUCCAGCCACGGAGCUCAGCUAUUCCCGGGCCGUAGUGGACCUCCUAAUGCAAGUCCUGGUCCCGUUCCCUCACCUGGAGACCAGGACAGGGAGAUACAUGGUGGGGGAGUUGAUCACCUGUAACGUCCUCCUCCCACUGGUCAGUAGGGUGUCCGAUCCUGACUGGCUCAACCUUACCAUUGUGGACUUGUUCACCAAAGCUAAAGAAUCACCGGAUGAGUCCCUCGAUGAGCUCCCUGAUACUCCAGUCCAGCUGCACAGGAGUCAGACCCAGCAGGAGCUCUGGACCCAGACCCGUUCUACCUCCUGGCUCCAGCCUCCGAGAGACCAGAACGAGUCCAGCAACAGCCCCACUCCUCCCAAGCCAGCCACUCCAGACUCCCUGGAAUCCAUGGAGUCCUACCAUACGGCAGUGCCAGAUCUGAAGGAGGAAACACGGCAGUACUGCGGGGCGAUCCUACCAAUGCCAUGCAUUGGUUCAUCGAUCAAAAUAAACAGUUGUCAUGUGUCUAUGGAUCUGCUGAGGUCCUGCAGCGGUGGUAGCCGCCUGUAUCAGGUUGUGGACCUGGAGUACCCAUCGACAGAAUCCAAUCAGCUCUCUGUGGAGUCCCUAGACCAGAUGGACUCCGAGGAGGACCAGACAGACAGCUUCUGUGACUGUACCUCCCCUACCAACUUCUGCAGUGUGUUUGAAGACGAGCCGCCUGGAUGCUUCGGCAACUUGAAGGUCCUGGGACCCAAGGUGUCCGAGCAGCCCCACUGGCCAGCGGGCAUGGCGGAGGAGCUGCCCCCAGGCUGCCCUGUCCCUCCGGGGAGGCUGUGUCUGACCCCCUUCAGCUUCGAACCCCUCAGCAGCCCAGAUGGACCCGUCCUUAUCCAGAACCUGAGAAUCACUGGUGCUGUGACAGCCAAGGAGCACCGCAGCACCGGCUCACACCCCUAUACUCUAUACACCGUAAAGUAUGAGACAGUGGUUGACUCGGAGAGCCUAGGUACUCUACAACCUGUAGCCUAUCACACUGUGAACCGGCGCUACAGCGAGUUCCUCCACCUGCAGACGCGCCUGGAGGAGAAGCCUGACCUCAGGAAGAUGAUUAAGAAUGUCAAGGGACCCAAGAAGAUUUUCCCUGAUCUUCCGUUUGGGAACCCAGAUAUCGACAAGGUGGAAGUUCGAAAAGGACAGCUGGAUACCUUUCUUAAACAACUGUGUACCAUCCCUGAGACGGCCAACAGCGACGAGAUGCAGGAGUUCCUGGCUCUUCACACAGACGCCAGCACAGCCUUCGAGAAGAAACCAUUUGUUAUGUCCAGGAUUGAUAAGAUGAUGGCGAAUGCUGUAGACACUCUGAAGACAGCAUUCCCUCGUGCUGAGGACGACCUGGAUGGAGAGCCUGCUGAUGCGAGGAAUGCCCCAGAAGGAAGGAAGAGGUCUGUCCGGCUGAGGUUCUCCAGUAAAGUCGCCCCUACUCUCAAUAUACCUGAAAUCCAGCCCAGAGUCAUAUACUGCUUCAAUGAAGGGAGCACUGUGUUCCAUGGCCUGUCCCUGUCUGGUCUGGAGGGCUUUAUAAAGGACCAGGAGGCUCUGCUCUAUGCUCCCCAGGAGAAGGAGGCUGACGGGAGGAGGUUCAGCGUGCUACCUGGCAAAGACAGGAAGGGAGGUGGGGGUCGGGAGAGAAAACUACGGGGGACAGACACGGCCGUGGCAGACGUAGCUCUGAACAUCCUGUGUCUGCUGAUGAAGGACCAGUGGAGCUGGCUCUGCACUGAGAACAUACAGAAGACCAUCAGACUGCUGUUUGGCACCUUCAUUGAGAGGUGGCUGGAUGUGGGCAUGGCCCACCUGACCAGUGCUCCCUGCUGGGUGAUCUACCUCCAGGUGAUGCAGGAGGCAGUGUGGCCCGGGGGUGUCCUCCCUGAUGGGCCCCGUCCUGACCGCAGCCUCAUCCAGAGAGAAGAGACCAGGCAGCAGUGUUUGCACUGCCUUACACAACUACUACCAGACCUGAUUGCUGACAUGCUGGGUUCUGAGAAGUACAGAGUGAGCUGGGAUAUGGCACUGGCUUCUCUGCAGGACCCUAACAUCAACCGGCACCUGAUCUACUGUAUCUGUGACCUGCUGUUGGAGUUCCUGAUUCCAGAGUCUUCAGAGGAGGGCUUUCAGAGAUCUCUACUACACAGUCUCUUUGGGGACGAAGAGAGGCUUUCUGCUUCAGCUUGACGACACACCAACACACCACCCCUCUCUCUGCUCACCUGUCACUAUCCCUAUCUAUUACCCUCUACCCCCUCCCAUCCUGGCUGGCUCAUCAGUAUGGUAACCGUGGUCCUGCUGGGUUAAUCAGAAUGGGACCAGAGCUUUACUGGAGCUUCUCAUGAGGUCAGAGAAGAAAGGUGAGGAGUGCGGAGAAGGGGGGAGGAGGAAAAGGGCAGGGGAGAUAGGAGGGGUGGGAAGGCUGGGAAAUGGGCUCUUGAACUCCUUACACUUUAUAGGCAACGCUCUAAAAUGACUGAUGACACUUUAUUGAAUGUUUUCUCAAGGCACUGUGUUGGUGAUUGUGCUAAUAUUGUGUUUUAAUUAGAUGCUUGUGUAGAGAAACACAUUUAUCUAGAUAUGUAUGUACAGUAUAUGCAGUAAUUAUUUUAUGUAUUUAUUUAUAUGUAAAAUGCAGUAUGUGUGAUAUCAAUAGAUAUACAGUGGGGUCUGAAAUUAUUUGACCCCCUUGAUAAUGAUGAGCAAAAAUGACUAUAUAAAAUAAAUCAAAUACUGAGCUACUGUAUAUUUUAUGCAAAUAAAUAAUUGGGAAAUUA